AUGGUCCAUGUCUCCACCUCUCCCCUCCCCUUGACUCUAUUUUCCAUGUCUCCUCCCUCUCCCCUCCCCUUGACUCUAUUUUCCAUGUCUCCUCCCUCUCCCCUCCCCUUGACUCUAUUUUCCAUGUCUCCUCCCUCUCCCCUCCCCUUGAAUCUAUUUUCCAUGUCUCCUCCCUCCCCGCUCCCCUUGACUCUAUUUUCCAUGUCUCCUCCCUCUCCCCUCCCCUUGACUCUAUUUUCCAUGUCUCCUCCCUCUCCCCUCCCCUUGAAUCUAUUUUCCAUGUCUCCUCCCUCUCCCCUCCCCUUGACUCUAUUUUCCAUGUCUCCUCCCUCUCCCCUCCCCUUGACUCUAUUUUCCAUGUCUCCUCCCUCUCCCCUCCCCUUGAAUCUAUUUUCCAUGAUGUCUCCUCCCUCUCCCCUCCCCUUGACUCUAUUUUCCAUGUCUCCUCCCUCUCCCCUCCCCUUGACUCUAUUUUCCAUGUCUCCUCCGUCUCCCCUCCUCCUGACUCUAUUUUUCAU